CAAUGACGACUCGCGUCGAUUAGCACAAUUAAUGAUUCGUAUUCUCCUAUACUGAGUCUCCAUGCCUUCAAUAUGUCGAGGGACGACUCCAUUCCGCAAUCUCCAUGAUGCGAUGAGGCUACACCCUCCAAUCGGUAUCGUCCUUUAUCUCCGAAACCCCACCUCAAACGACGACAUUUGAGCUUUGCCAUUCAACACAGCAGCAUCAACCUUCGUCGUGCGCAUAACCGACACACCUACAAUCUGAUUCUUGAGAUGACGGAGCUCCUCGAUCUUUGCUAUGAUGUCUUGAUGCGUAUCCUCGAAGAGGUCGGCCCGGAAGACCUAGCCGCGUGUGCUAGAACGUCAUGGGGAUUCAAUACCUUUAUCAAAGAUAAUAAACGCUUGUUUAAAGCCCACUACCUUCGGAAUUUUGAUGAUCCAAGGAGCAGCCCGUCAGAUCCGGAUCCGGACUGGAUUUCAGAGUUGCAGAAGUUAGUCAAGUGUCAGCAAAUUCUUCGAUCGGAAAAUAUGGAUGUGAAGCGAAACCACUUCAAGUUUGUUGCGACAACGGUCGAGAGACUAAUCUGUUCUGCAUCCAGCAAUGAGUGCGACUCGCUAAGCAAAAUACAGCUGACUAAGUUAUUCGCAAAUUCGCGGAAUUUGAAUGCGUUUAUGUAUAGAUCCUCGUUAUAUCAACGAGCAGGUACUCAGCUACAGCAAGCGGCAGACGAUGAAGAAGACCAGCAACUGAGCGCCAAGCUCCACUGUCUCUACGGGGUCCCCCUUGGCCCCCUCGGAAGACGGUCACUGUCCACCCACCCAUAUGCCCGAUCUCGGGUGUACGAUCUCCGAAACUACACUGACAAUACUUGCUGGGGUCCAUUCCGCGAAGAUGGAUCUAUGAAGGUGGACUGGGAGAUGCUCGAAGCUCUCAUGAUUGACCUGGGGUACAAUUCAGGGACAUGCUGCCAGCGCUUGGUUCAUCGGUUCAAGCCCGUAUGGUGCACCCCCUUUGGAGGUAUCUCUAAGAAUCCCUUGGCAGAUUUUUAUCCUCCUGGUACGCCAAUGGAACCCGAUAUUCCGCUUGAGCUUAGGGAUCCUUACAAUAUUUCUGGAAUUUGGCUACGAAUCGUGUGUUUCCUUGAUUACACUGAUCUAUAUGCGUACAACUUCGGAUCUGACCAAGUUCUAUCGGACCAACCAAGGGAGCCGAUAAAUACCGAUGAAGCCAUCCGCCAUAUCAUUAUGCGCUUUAAAGUUACCAAGGUCGAACCUCCAGGACGAUUUGAUAAUCAAGACCUCCCAGUUGUCCACUUCACAGGGACCUCACGCUCUGUUGACGCAUCUUGGGAUCCGAAUGCAAACUCGAGGAUUCGAGGUACCGUAAGACUCACUCCAGAAAGCGAAGUGCGAUGGACCACGAUAUCCGUAUUUUACGGCGGAGAGGAGAGAUGGCGCAGCGAAGGAAUCCAAGUCGGUGGGCCAAACUCCAAGCGAGGUGUCAUCGGCACAUGGUUCGAUAAGGACUACAACCCCCACGGUCCUGCCGGUCCAACUUCAUUCUGGAAAGUGGGCGACCAGAGGGUCAGUGUAGAUUCGGACGAGGAAUCCAGUGAUGAAGAGUCUGGCCAUGUCUUGUAGGGGGUGAAUGAACUGUAGGUAUUUAGUCGCUCCGCCCCUUGAUCGGCUGACGAUGUCUGUUGUCACGCUAAAUGGGUUGAGAACAUGUAGCCACCUCAACAUGUAUUCCAUGUAUGCAGUACAUCUAC